GCGGGCCUUCUCACUGCUCUCACAGCAUUCUACAGUUUAUUCCUUACGAUAUUCGCCUUAGUGCUAGAGCUCUCCCAUUUACUAUCUGGCGAAGAACUUAGAGAAGUCAAUCUGAAAGAUAUGAUUUUUGGUGCUUAUAUGUACGGAGUUUCCAUCCUCUUCUUUAUUUACAUGUAUGUUGUGUUGUUGCUCAAUCCACGUUGGUACUGGACUAUCAAUUUUUUAGAGAGAUACGUCAAAAGCACUGAUUCGAGCAAAUCUUCUAUGUCAUCUGCAGUAGCAACAGUGCGAAGGGUCACUCAUUGCGGUUCCUCUGCUGGAAGUCUUUUUUUACGAUUAGGAUGUGUUGGUGGGUCCCUCCAAAUCGGACCAUUCGGCGUCACGGGAGUGGUAUAUUACGCAUUUCUAGUUUUUCUUUGCACAGCAGAUCGUGCUUGUACAGCCUUCGCAACCACGCUCGAUAUUUGUGCUGUAGUUUUUAUAUUCAUUCAGAUGCACUUUAUCUUCUGCAAUUCUAAGGUCCUACAUUUACCAGAUUUUUUCCUAUCAAUUACUGGUCACCACACAGCUGCUCGAUUUGGCACAAUGCAUCUUAUAGCAGCAAAUCUGUGGACAUGGAUUAGAUAUGUUCUUAUGGAAGAGGGCGUAAUGGAAAGAGAGAUAAGGUGAAA